UUUAACUGGUUAGGACGACCGAAGCCUGCUGGCACAAAAGAUCUGCACUUCGGGAGCUGAGGAGCAGCCGGCUAGAACGUGGAGAGGAAAGCUCUUUCCUUUCUCAAGACCACCGCAGGCGAUGCCUUCCAGCAGUCUUCACUGUUAACUUGCUCGGGGUGUAAUGGAUAGGUAACAGAGAAACCCUCCUCACUGUCUCGUCAGGGAGGCAGAAUGACUGAGUGCUUCCUGCCCCCCACCAGCAGCCCCAGUGAACACCGCAGGGUGGAGCAUGGCAGUGGUCUUACCCGAACCCCCAGCUCUGAGGAGAUCAGCCCUACUAAGUUCCCUGGUUUGUACCGUACUGGCGAGCCCUCGCCUCCCCACGACAGCCUCCAUGAACCUCCUGACAUAGUGUCUGAUGAUGAGAAAGACCAUGGGAAGAAAAAAGGAAAAUUUAAGAAAAAAGAAAAAAGGACUGAAGGCUAUGCUGCCUUUCAGGAAGAUAGCUCUGGAGAUGAAGCCGAAAGUCCUUCCAAAAUGAAGCGGUCCAAGGGAAUCCAUGUUUUUAAGAAGCCCAGCUUUUCUAAAAAGAAAGAGAAGGAUUUUAAAAUAAAAGAGAAACCCAAAGAGGAAAAACAUAAAGAAGAAAAGCACAAAGAAGAGAAACAUAAAGAGAAGAAGUCAAAAGACUUGACAGCAGCUGAUGUUGUUAAACAGUGGAAGGAAAAGAAGAAAAAGAAGAAGCCAAUUCAGGAGCCAGAGGUGCCUCAGAUUGACGUUCCGAAUCUCAAACCCGUUUUUGGAGUUCCCUUGACCGAUGCGGCCGAGCGGACCAUGAUGUACGACGGCAUCCGGCUGCCGGCGGUUUUCCGCGAGUGCGUGGAUCACGUAGAGAAGUACGGCAUGAAGUGCGAAGGCAUCUACAGAGUUUCAGGAAUUAAAUCAAAGGUGGAUGAGCUGAAAGCAGCAUAUGACAGAGAAGAGUCUCCAAAUUUGGAAGAAUAUGAGCCUAACACCGUAGCCAGUUUGUUGAAGCAGUAUUUGCGAGACCUUCCAGAGAAUCUGCUUACCAAAGAGCUGAUGCCUCGCUUUGAGGAGGCUUGUGGGAGGAGCACAGAGAGCGAGAAGGUGCAGGAAUUCCAGCGCCUGCUCAAAGAACUGCCAGAAUGUAACUAUCUUCUGAUUUCUUGGCUGAUCGUGCACAUGGACCAUGUUAUCGCGAAGGAACUGGAAACAAAAAUGAAUAUACAGAACAUUUCUAUAGUGCUCAGCCCAACCGUUCAGAUUAGCAAUCGUGUCCUAUAUGUGUUUUUCACACAUGUGCAAGAGCUCUUUGGAAAUGUGAUACUAAAGCAAGUGACAAAACCUCUUCGAUGGUCUAACAUGGCCACUAUGCCCACACUGCCAGAGACCCAGGAGAACAUCAAGGAGGAGAUCAGAAGACAGGAGUUUCUUUUGAAUUGUUUACAUCGAGAUCUGCAGGCUGGAAUAAAGGAUUUAUCUAAAGAAGAAAGAUUAUGGGAAGUACAAAGAAUUUUGACAGCCCUCAAAAGGAAACUGAGAGAAGCUAAAAGACAAGAGUGCGAAACCAAGAUUGCACAAGAGAUCGCCAGUCUUUCAAAAGAGGAUGUUUCCAAAGAAGAAAUGAAUGAAAAUGAAGAAGUUAUAAAUAUUCUCCUUGCUCAGGAGAAUGAGAUCCUGACUGAACAGGAGGAGCUUCUAGCCAUGGAGCAGUUUUUACGUCGACAGAUUGCCUCAGAAAAAGAAGAGAUUGAACGCCUCAGAGCUGAGAUUGCUGAAAUUCAGAGCCGUCAGCAGCAUGGCCGCAGUGAGACCGAGGAGUACUCCUCCGACAGUGAGAGUGAGAGUGAGGAUGAAGAGGAGCUUCAGAUCAUCCUGGAGGACUUACAGAGGCAGAACGAAGAGCUAGAAAUAAAGAACAAUCAUUUGAAUCAAGCAAUUCACGAAGAGCGAGAGGCCAUCAUCGAACUGCGGGUGCAGCUGCGCCUGCUCCAGCUGCAGCGAGCCAAGCCCGAGGCGCAGGCGCAGGACGAUGACGAGCCCGAGAGGCGGCCGGGCGCCCUGGAGCAGGCCAAGCCGUCCCCGGGCAGAGACAGGAAGGAGACGCCCAUCUGAGCAGCCCGAGCGGCACGGGACCCCCAGACCCAAUGAGACCUGUGCAUCUUACUGUAACCCUGAGAGUCGGAGUGCACAACUCUCUGCUGUACAUUCUGUAAAGAUGUCUUUUCUUCUCAGACUCUUCCUUCUUUUCACACGUGUGACUUCUCCGAGUCAGGCUCAGGUUACACGGAGGACAAAGCAGUGCGCGCAGUGUGGGCUUGUAGGGGACAGAUGAGUUUUCCAGAUAGUGUCAGCUUAUUUGAAGAUUAAUUUUCUUUGUUAACUUAAAACUAUUUUAACCCUUGAGUGGCUUCUUUUUAAACCAAAAAUCGUCUUUCUUUGCUUUUUUAUUACAGCAGAAUCAGGAUCUCUUUCUCUUGUUCAAGGGGUUGGGAACCAAACAAGGUAAAUACUGUUCCUGCCUUGUGGAUUGCCCCAUAGUCUCACCCUCCGGGAUCUCUGCUUACUAGUCACUCUUGCUUGUGCCUUUUACACCUUUUUGGUGCAGAUUAUAUAAUGGGGAGCUGCCUCAUAUUUCCUGACUGGCCAGAACGGCUCUUACUGAGGUUACCUUUACCCACCCUUGUCACCCUCUCCUUUGACGGUCCUAACCCACAGUCCAUGAGCCUGAGUCACAGGAUGGCCUAGCUGGUCACAGAGCUGCUGGUGGAGCCUGCCCACUGGCCCCCCUCCCCCCUCCUCCCCACCCCCCCACCCUGCAAUGGAGGAGUAGCCACCUCGCUCCUGCUGAUCAGCACGUGCUUUUCACUGGGUUGGUCGAAGGUAGCUGCCUGGCCUGAGGCGUCCACACAGAGGAUCUGUUUCUGAACCCAGACAUCUUCUGUGUGACUCAUCUGCCAUUAAACACAGAAUGACCGAGAUUGCUUGCUUGGGCUAGAAUGUAAAAGUCUCUUUGCCUGAAUAAGCCAUAUAUGCUCUUAAACAAAAGUUUUCAAUGACCCGUGUCAUCUCAGUGAACCUGCUGAUGGACUCCCAAUUGACAAGAUUGAGCAAUAGAAAAAAAAAAACUUCUCCUUUAAACGAUAGCUGUGAUUCCCGACCCCGUUUUCUUGCUUCUGCGACUUCUCUGGUGACUGAGGCAUCUGGGAGGUCAGCUCUCAGGCACCUUUGUUUAGUCGUGCUCUGUCGGAAUCAGUGGCACUCAUGAGGUAGGUCAGCUCUCAUGGCUAUGAAGACAGACCCCACACACUCAAGGUGAUGGAAGCAAACCCCCCCCCCCCCCGCCCCGAGGGUUCUGUCCUCUCCUAGUUACUAUUUAUUUUCAGCACCUGUUUGAUGCGGUUUUUAAUUCUCUACCUAUUGCACUGUUGUGACUUGUUGGCCAUUGUUUGAUUUUUGUACGAAAAAAAGCUUUGUUAUAGAAAUCAGCAUACUAUUUUUUUAAAUCUGGAGAGAAGAUAUUAUGGUGACUGAAAAUAUGGUCAGGUGUCAAAUAUAAACGUAUAAAAGCCUUCUUGCUGUCCUGUCGGUCAUAUUACAUUAUUUCAUAUUUGCUGGCAAUAUUGAAGGUUUCUUUUUUGUUUGUGUGAACUCUAAUUUCUAUCAAGGUGUCAUGAUUUUUAAAAUUAGUAUUUCAUUACAGCUGUCUCAGCGUUGGUUAACUAAUUUUUUCCAGGACCAUUAUUGAUCAAGCAAAUAAAUUCAACAGCCAUUUGAAGAAAAAAAAAAAAAGAAAAAACAACAAAACCCCAGCGUCUUGUUUUAUUUGUACACAUUCUUUCUUUGAAGUAGUUAGUACCCUGUGGCUGACCAGGAGUUGGUUUGAUACUUCUUUGAGGUCCAAGAGUGCACUAACCUUCUGUUUUCACUUGCUGUCUGCUCCUCACCUCGGUGGACUUGAUGCCCCUUGUUGGUGGCGAGGGUUUGCUGUCCUCCUCCUUCCCCAAGUAGGUGCUUGCUGCUGAGGGAGCACAUGAUCGUGCAGUGCAGCUGACUGGCAUCAGGGCGGUGGCUUCUUCCGUGAGCAAUGUCCUGCUUACGGUGCAAAGAGCCCUUCGAAAUGAUGGCACAGGUCAGUCAGCGCGACUUGGCAAAAGAGCAGGUCGGUUAUUACAGUUGCUUUCCUUUUAGGGGCUGGCAGGGGUCUGUCAGGCCAAUUAACUAGCAUUGAUUAGGCGAUUCCUGAUUGAUUCCAUUGCCGGGAGCACUGGACCUGUGAUUAAGUUGUGUUUGCUGACAUGGGGCUUAGCAUAAGUGACCCUGUUUUGGGCCUCUUAUCUCUAACAAUAACCUCCCUUUUGAUGAGACUCUCAGCCUUGAGAGAUGGGAUCAAAAUCUAAGGCAUUAGUGCUCCUCUCUGCUACCAUUCUGGUGUUCUUGCAGUUCCCACCCAGUGUUGGGUUCACAUUCUUUAAUUUGGUCAUUCUCUGUUCCUUUUCUGAUGUUCUGUUCUUCGGGAGAUCAUUUGCAUGGUGGUACGUGGCAGCAGACAUGGAUUUAAAGCUUUUGAGAGUUUCAGCACACCAGGGAGCUACUAGGAUUCUAAGCAGGAUAAUUCCAGUAUCUGGAGUAUACUCCGGAGCCAUGGUCCCCAAGACCCAAGUCAGUCAACAAAGACCUGUUUGUAGGAGUCACUUAGGCCAACUGGCGUGUUCACAGACCUUAGGUAGCGGAGUCUCCACUUCCGCACAGGUGUCAGCCCAAGUGCAGCAAAUGGCAUUGGCCACAGCACAGAGCCCUCCUUGCUCAGCUGAUAGAUAACCAGGGGCCUUCCCGGUACCAAGAAUCUCUCAGGGGAUAGAGCCAGGGUUUGCUUAUUGUUGUGGGGCAGCUAUUGCUUUAGAAGCAGAUUCUUCAGUAUCUUCAGGAGUUAAGGAGAAGUUCUGAUCAUAGCCUCAUUUGCACUUAGGCUUAGCCAGGUGAAGAGAAGAAUCUGUUGAAGGAAGUGAAUUUGGAAUCCUGAAUGCUUCCUGGGAAAUCCGGUUUGAGUCUGUGGCUUGGCCUGGACAGGUGACAGCCAUGGAGGCCAGUACAAUUUCAGGAUCUAUAGACUGCACCGGUGGUUUUAUUCUGGGUAGCGUCUCGUAUCUGUUUCUUGGUCCGGAGCCUGGAUGCAAGGUUCCCCAGGUUUGGGGUUGUUAACUGGAGAUAGGGAGAGGGACCCCGAGGGUUAGGGAGCCUGACGGGACUGAGAGAGGGCCGAGCUUGUUCCAAAGAAACCAAGGCAUCGGAAAUCAGAAGUUUGUGGUGGACAGAAUGUAGGAUCACCAGCAUCGUGGCAAAUCCAAGAGUUGUUUAAACGUUGAUUACCUGCUUGAGGUAUGUGAACAAGGUAGUUUCUGGGCCAGAGGCAAGGCAAAAGGUGAACAAAAGAACCCUAAAGACCUUCAUGGUGGUAGAAUUAGGGAAAGGAUGGUCAGGGAAGGAGCAGAAACAUUCCUUGCCCCACGUCUUGGGAGGAAGCUGUCUACCUCAAUGUUGGCUACUUCUCUUCCUGGUCAUUUUUCUUUUGAGGUCUCCAGCCAUUUACACAGGACUAGAUGGCAGGUGGAGCCAUCUUCCUGCAAAAUCCACACCUUCUAACUUGGUAGCAGUGUCAGUAGUCAGAGUACUUGGUAGGGUCCUUUCCACGAAUCUCACUUUUACAAAAGCAUCAGAGUAAAGUGACUGUCUGUAAAUGACAAGACUUUAAAAAUGCCCAUGGUUAAUGAUCUGAUGAGUUUAUCGGAGAAGGAAAUGUAGUUAUUUCAUCAUUUAGGGUAAUAAUUGGACAAUGAGAGUUUUGACAAAUACCUAGAAACUGCAAUUUCUGGAUUACUUAUGUUAGUAAUAUACACAUAUUAACCAUACACAUAUAACCUAAGGUUAUUUGACAGUGCUUCCCACAUAUUUUAACAUGUUGAAUUAAUGAGAGCCAGCCUUUGAGACUUUCCAGGAGCCCUCUGGGAAAAUCUCAAAGUUAGUUUGAGGUCAAAAAGACUUGAGAAUUUUAAGAAAAUGUCAAAAGGUUUGAACAUUCCAUUAAAUAGGAUAAUAGAUAAUUAUGAAAUAACUCUAGUGAAAGUGACAGAUGUUGAGGUAAAUACAGGUUAUAUAGUUGUGAACAAAAGCUCUCAAUAUUGUGAAGACUGGGUUUUUGUUUUUUUUUUUAAGAUUUUGUUUAUUUGAGAGAGAGAAUGAAAUAGAGCAUGAGGGGGGGGAGGGCCAGAGGGAGAAGCAGACUUCCCGCUGAGCAGGGAGCCCGAUGCGGGGUUCGAUCCCAGGACUCCAGGAUCAUGACCUGAGCCGAAGGCAGUUGCUUAACCAACUGAGCCACCCAGGCGCCCAAGACUGGGUUUUCUUAAGUAAUCAAAGACCUGAUAAAGACAGUGUAAAGCAGAGUUAGUAAUUUGGGGAAGAAGAAAAUCUUUCCUGUCCAAAGGUUGGAAAAAAAAACAAAACCCCAUAAACAACCUUUGCAAUUUCUUAUUAGGAGCAGAACAAUCAUCUAAGAAAACUUUGUCCUUUUAACAGAAAACCAAAUUCUGAUUUUGUAUCUGUAUUUGAUAUUAAAACUCAUUUUUUAAAAAAA